UGGCGAACGUUGAGCCGACAUAAGAGACCAAGCAGUCAUUGCCUACCCGGCAGCAGUGAAUUUCUGCAAUACCUCCUGUUCACUCUAUCUUUGUACCACGAUGAAGACCCACAAGUUCUUCAUACCCAUUCUUUGCCUCCUCUGCUGCUCGACGACGCUGGCGUCCUCGAGCUCCGACUCGGAGCGCACCCUCUCGAAUCCAGGCUCCCCCGUCCGCCACUCCUCACCGCGGACCUCUCCCACCAUUGCCAUUUCCGCCCCUUCCCUCACUCAUUUCGUUCGCUUCGAUGACAUCGUCCAGCGUCCAGGCCAAUCAACUCGCCCGACACGCCCUACUCCGACAGCUCAUCUUGUGAAGAAGACCAGGGAGCCAAAUCCCAAUUCCCUCUCAGCGCAGCUGGAGCGCUCGCGCGCCUACUUCAGAAAGGAGCGAGAAGAGAAGAGCUCGGCGGCAAGAUGGACACCUCUCCAUAAGGAGGCUCAGCGCAGCCAGGCGGUGAAUGUCUACGUCAACAAUAAGCCUGCUCGAGCAAAACCUACUGGUGCUGGUGUUCCUGCCGGCGGCUCUGCCUCUCCGGUCCGGCCCCUCACUCUCUACUUUCCCGUGACCUCACAGGGAGACCCGCUCUUAGCAGGACACCCCAUCUCCGAGGAACACCCGAUUUUCGGGCCCCAAUCAUACAAGUUCAAGAAAAGGAGGAAAACCCAGAUCAAGGGCAGCGGCGCCGGGCGUGGUGGUGACAGCGAUGGGGACUGGACUCCUGCGAGCGAUCGAGCUCUGGCCAAGCAGAAGGCCGAAGCCAAGCAGAAGGCUAAAGAAAAGGCAAUGGCAAAAGCGACUACGGCCUACAAGGACAAGGGCAAGGGCAAGGCAGUGGCCGAACUUGAGCCUCGUCCUAAGAUGCGUAAAUUGAUUGAUCUGGGAUGAGGAAGCAGAAUGACGAUGGGACGGCCCAAGAGAAGUGAGGGCGCUGAUCUAACCGCUUGCAGUGGCAAGAUGCGUCAGACAGGGCUAGAAUACGCAAACUUUGUAGACAGAGAGUGGAUUGCUCAUUGUUUUGUGAAGGUGAUGCUCAAACACAAGAGUUGUGAGAGACAAAUGAGACAUUAUUGAAUCCAUUGAUGGGCAAAAUGGCCUGAGCCACCGUGCCGUGCAUCCCUUGCACCACUUGUCCAUCGCGCUCAGCUGUGCUCUUUGCGCUUGCUGAGCCUCGAAUCGUGUGUACCAUGUGGACUGC